GGUGCAAGGCUAAGACCACAUUAAAUCUUUGCAAUUGCUAUUUCAACCCUUCACCCGCAAAUAUGUCCGACUACGAAGAUGGAAUGGACGUAGACACUGCAGUGGAUCUUGAAGACAAUGCAGUUACAUUCUCCUCGAAGCAGGCCACCCAAGGCAAGAGAAGCGCUGCAAACCUCCCCGUGGAAGCUGAAGAUACCCUGCCAUGGGUCGAAAAAUACCGCCCCGACACCCUCGAAGACGUCUCCGGCCACCAAGACAUCAUCGCCACCAUCAACCGCUUCGUCGAAACCAACCGCCUCCCCCACCUUCUCCUCUACGGCCCCCCCGGCACUGGCAAGACCUCCACCGUCCUCGCCCUCGCCCGCCGCAUCUACGGCGUCAAGAACAUGCGGCAGAUGGUUCUCGAGCUCAACGCCUCCGACGACCGCGGCAUCGACGUCGUGCGCGAGCAGAUCAAGACCUUCGCCAGCACGCGGCAGAUCUUCUCUUCCGCCCCGAGCGAGGCGUCGGGAAAGUCGAUGGCGACGUAUAAGUUGAUUAUACUGGAUGAGGCGGAUGCGAUGACGUCGACGGCGCAGAUGGCGUUGAGGAGGAUUAUGGAGAAGUACACGGCUAACACGCGGUUCUGUAUUAUUGCGAAUUAUACGCAUAAGUUGUCCCCGGCGCUGCUGUCGAGGUGCACGAGGUUUAGGUUUAGUCCGUUGAAGGAGAGGGAUAUUAGGGUGUUGGUGGAUAAGGUUAUUGAGGAGGAGACGGUGAAUAUCACGCGUGAAGCCACGGAGGCGCUGACCAAAUUGUCCAAGGGGGAUAUGAGGAGAGCGCUGAAUGUGCUUCAAGCUUGUCAUGCUAGCAGCACACCACUACACAUCAAAGGCCAACCCAUCCCCAAAGAAUCCGAGAUCAUCCGCAACAAAAUCACCACCACCACAAUCUACGAAUGCAUCGCCUCCCCCGAGCCCGCCGACAUCUCCCUCAUCGUCGACACCCUCCUCAAGACCUCCGACGUCUCAUCCUGCCUCUCUCUCAUCAACACUUUGAAAGCGAACAAGGGUCUCGCGCUGGCGGAUAUCAUCGCCUCGAUCGCGGAGGAGCUGACGAAGCUGGAGACGCCGGCGCAGACGAUGAUUACGUGGAUGGAUGGGCUGGCGGAGGUGGAGUAUAGGCUUAGUGGUGGGGGGAAUGAGGUGGUGCAAACGGGCGCGGUCGUGGGGGCUGUGAGGCAGGGGGUGGAGUUGAUGGGUUAGUGGCCGGGGGUUUGGGGGGAUGAUGGUGGGUGCAUAGCUUUG